AUGUCCACCUUCCCUCCAUGUCUACCUUCCCUCCAUGUCCACCUUCCCUCCAUGUCUACCUUCCCUCCAUGUCUACCUUCCCUCCAUGUCUACCUUCCCUCCAUGUCCACCUUCCCUCCAUGUCCACCUUCCCUCCAUGUCUACCUUCCCUCCAUGUCUACCUUCCCUCCAUGUCUACCUUCCCUCCAUGUCCACCUUCCCUCCAUGUCUACCUUCCCUCCAUGUCUACCUUCCCUCCAUGUCUACCUUCCCUCCAUGUCUACCUUCCCUCCAUGUCUACCUUCCCUCCAUGUCUACCUUCCCUCCAUGUCUACCUUCCCUCCAUGUCUACCUUCCCUCCAUGUCCACCUUCCCUCCAUGUCUACCUUCCCUCCAUGUCCACCUUCCCUCCAUGUCUACCUUCCCUCCAUGUCCACCUUCCCUCCAUGUCUACCUUCCCUCCAUGUCUACCUUCCCUCCAUGUCCACCUUCCCUCCAUGUCUACCUUCCCUCCAUGUCUACCUUCCCUCCAUGUCUACCUUCCCUCCAUGUCCACCUUCCCUCCAUGUCCACCUUCCCUCCAUGUCUACCUUCCCUCCAUGUCUACCUUCCCUCCAUGUCCACCUUCCCUCCAUGUCCACCUUCCCUCCAUGUCUACCUUCCCUCCAUGUCUACCUUCCCUCCAUGUCUACCUUCCCUCCAUGUCCACCUUCCCUCCAUGUCUACCUUCCCUCCAUGUCCACCUUCCCUCCAUGUCUACCUUCCCUCCAUGUCCACCUUCCCUCCAUGUCCACCUUCCCUCCAUGUCCACCUUCCCUCCAUGUCCACCUUCCCUCCAUGUCUACCUUCCCUCCAUGUCCACCUUCCCUCCAUGUCCACCUUCCCUCCAUGUCUACCUUCCCUCCAUGUCUACCUUCCCUCCAUGUCUACCUUCCCUCCAUGUCCACCUUCCCUCCAUGUCCACCUUCCCUCCAUGUCUACCUUCCCUCCAUGUCUACCUUCCCUCCAUGUCUACCUUCCCUCCAUGUCUACCUUCCCUCCAUGUCCACCUUCCCUCCAUGUCUACCUUCCCUCCAUGUCCACCUUCCCUCCAUGUCCACCUUCCCUCCAUGUCUACCUUCCCUCCAUGUCUACCUUCCCUCCAUGUCCACCUUCCCUCCAUGUCCACCUUCCCUCCAUGUCCACCUUCCCUCCAUGUCUACCUUCCCUCCAUGUCUACCUUCCCUCCAUGUCUACCUUCCCUCCAUGUCUACCUUCCCUCCAUGUCCACCUUCCCUCCAUGUCCACCUUCCCUCCAUGUCCACCUUCCCUCCAUGUCUACCUUCCCUCCAUGUCUACCUUCCCUCCAUGUCUACCUUCCCUCCCUGUCCACCUUCCCUCCAUGUCUACCUUCCCUCCAUGUCCACCUUCCCUCCAUGUCUACCUUCCCUCCAUGUCCACCUUCCCUCCAUGUCUACCUUCCCUCCAUGUCUACCUUCCCUCCAUGUCCACCUUCCCUCCAUGUCUACCUUCCCUCCAUGUCUACCUUCCCUCCAUGUCUACCUUCCCUCCAUGUCUACCUUCCCUCCAUGUCCACCUUCCCUCCAUGUCUACCUUCCCUCCAUGUCUACCUUCCCUCCAUGUCUACCUUCCCUCCAUGUCUACCUUCCCUCCAUGUCUACCUUCCCUCCAUGUCCACCUUCCCUCCAUGUCUACCUUCCCUCCAUGUCUACCUUCCCUCCAUGUCUACCUUCCCUCCAUGUCCACCUUCCCUCCAUGUCUACCUUCCCUCCAUGUCCACCUUCCCUCCAUGUCCACCUUCCCUCCAUGUCUACUUUCCCUCCAUGUCUACCUUCCCUCCAUGUCUACCUUCCCUCCAUGUCCACCUUCCCUCCAUGUCCACCUUCCCUCCAUGUCUACCUUCCCUCCAUGUCUACCUUCCCUCCAUGUCUACCUUCCCUCCAUGUCCACCUUCCCUCCAUGUCUACCUUCCCUCCAUGUCCACCUUCCCUCCAUGUCUACCUUCCCUCCAUGUCCACCUUCCCUCCAUGUCCACCUUCCCUCCAUGUCCACCUUCCCUCCAUGUCCACCUUCCCUCCAUGUCCACCUUCCCUCCAUGUCUACCUUCCCUCCAUGUCCACCUUCCCUCCAUGUCUACCUUCCCUCCAUGUCUACCUCCAUGUCUACCUUCCCUCCAUGUCUACCUUCCCUCCAUGUCUACCUUCCCUCCAUGUCCACCUUCCCUCCAUGUCCACCUUCCCUCCAUGUCUACCUUCCCUCCAUGUCUACCUUCCCUCCAUGUCUACCUUCCCUCCAUGUCUACCUUCCCUCCAUGUCCACCUUCCCUCCAUGUCCACCUUCCCUCCAUGUCCACCUUCCCUCCAUGUCUACCUUCCCUCCAUGUCUACCUUCCCUCCAUGUCUACCUUCCCUCCAUGUCUACCUUCCCUCCAUGUCCACCUUCCCUCCAUGUCUACCUUCCCUCCAUGUCUACCUUCCCUCCAUGUCUACCUUCCCUCCAUGUCUACCUUCCCUCCAUGUCUACCUUCCCUCCAUGUCCACCUUCCCUCCAUGUCUACCUUCCCUCCAUGUCUACCUUCCCUCUAUGUCUACCUUCCCUCCAUGUCUACCUUCCCUCCAUGUCCACCUUCCCUCCAUGUCUACCUUCCCUCCAUGUCCACCUUCCCUCCAUGUCUACCUUCCCUCCAUGUCUACCUUCCCUCCAUGUCUACCUUCCCUCCAUGUCUACCUUCCCUCCAUGUCCACCUUCCCUCCAUGUCCACCUUCCCUCCAUGUCCACCUUCCCUCCAUGUCUACCUUCCCUCCAUGUCUACCUUCCCUCCAUGUCUACCUUCCCUCCAUGUCCACCUUCCCUCCAUGUCCACCUUCCCUCCAUGUCCACCUUCCCUCCAUGUCUACCUUCCCUCCAUGUCUACCUUCCCUCCAUGUCUACCUUCCCUCCAUGUCCACCUUCCCUCCAUGUCUACCUUCCCUCCAUGUCCACCUUCCCUCCAUGUCUACCUUCCCUCCAUGUCCACCUUCCCUCCAUGUCUACCUUCCCUCCAUGUCUACCUUCCCUCCAUGUCCACCUUCCCUCCAUGUCUACCUUCCCUCCAUGUCUACCUUCCCUCCAUGUCUACCUUCCCUCCAUGUCUACCUUCCCUCCAUGUCCACCUUCCCUCCAUGUCUACCUUCCCUCCAUGUCUACCUUCCCUCCAUGUCUACCUUCCCUCCAUGUCUACCUUCCCUCCAUGUCUACCUUCCCUCCAUGUCCACCUUCCCUCCAUGUCUACCUUCCCUCCAUGUCUACCUUUCCUCCAUGUCUACCUUCCCUCCAUGUCUACCUUCCCUCCAUGUCCACCUUCCCUCCAUGUCUACCUUCCCUCCAUGUCGACCUUCCCUCCAUGUCCACCUUCCCUCCAUGUCUACCUUCCCUCCAUGUCUACCUUCCCUCCAUGUCUACCUUCCCUCCAUGUCCACCUUCCCUCCAUGUCCACCUUCCCUCCAUGUCUACCUUCCCUCCAUGUCUACCUUCCCUCCAUGUCUACCUUCCCUCCAUGUCCACCUUCCCUCCAUGUCUACCUUCCCUCCAUGUCCACCUUCCCUCCAUGUCUACCUUCCCUCCAUGUCCACCUUCCCUCCAUGUCCACCUUCCCUCCAUGUCCACCUUCCCUCCAUGUCCACCUUCCCUACAUGUCUACCUUCCCUCCAUGUCUACCUUCCCUCCAUGUCCACCUUCCCUCCAUGUCUACCUUCCCUCCAUGUCUACCUUCCCUCCAUGUCUACCUUCCCUCCAUGUCUACCUUCCCUCCAUGUCCACCUUCCCUCCAUGUCCACCUUCCCUCCAUGUCUACCUUCCCUCCAUGUCUACCUUCCCUCCAUGUCUACCUUCCCUCCAUGUCUACCUUCCCUCCAUGUCCACCUUCCCUCCAUGUCUACCUUCCCUCCAUGUCCACCUUCCCUCCAUGUCCACCUUCCCUCCAUGUCUACCUUCCCUCCAUGUCUACCUUCCCUCCAUGUCCACCUUCCCUCCAUGUCCACCUUCCCUCCAUGUCCACCUUCCCUCCAUGUCUACCUUCCCUCCAUGUCUACCUUCCCUCCAUGUCCACCUUCCCUCCAUGUCUACCUUCCCUCCAUGUCCACCUUCCCUCCAUGUCUACCUUCCCUCCAUGUCCACCUUCCCUCCAUGUCUACCUUCCCUCCAUGUCUACCUUCCCUCCAUGUCCACCUUCCCUCCAUGUCCACCUUCCCUCCAUGUCCACCUUCCCUCCAUGUCUACCUUCCCUCCAUGUCUACCUUCCCUCCAUGUCCACCUUCCCUCCAUGUCCACCUUCCCUCCAUGUCUACCUUCCCUCCAUGUCUACCUUCCCUCCAUGUCUACCUUCCCUCCAUGUCCACCUUCCCUCCAUGUCUACCUUCCCUCCAUGUCCACCUUCCCUCCAUGUCUACCUUCCCUCCAUGUCCACCUUCCCUCCAUGUCCACCUUCCCUCCAUGUCCACCUUCCCUCCAUGUCCACCUUCCCUACAUGUCUACCUUCCCUCCAUGUCUACCUUCCCUCCAUGUCCACCUUCCCUCCAUGUCUACCUUCCCUCCAUGUCUACCUUCCCUCCAUGUCUACCUUCCCUCCAUGUCUACCUUCCCUCCAUGUCCACCUUCCCUCCAUGUCCACCUUCCCUCCAUGUCUACCUUCCCUCCAUGUCUACCUUCCCUCCAUGUCUACCUUCCCUCCAUGUCUACCUUCCCUCCAUGUCCACCUUCCCUCCAUGUCUACCUUCCCUCCAUGUCCACCUUCCCUCCAUGUCCACCUUCCCUCCAUGUCUACCUUCCCUCCAUGUCUACCUUCCCUCCAUGUCCACCUUCCCUCCAUGUCCACCUUCCCUCCAUGUCCACCUUCCCUCCAUGUCUACCUUCCCUCCAUGUCUACCUUCCCUCCAUGUCCACCUUCCCUCCAUGUCUACCUUCCCUCCAUGUCCACCUUCCCUCCAUGUCUACCUUCCCUCCAUGUCCACCUUCCCUCCAUGUCUACCUUCCCUCCAUGUCUACCUUCCCUCCAUGUCCACCUUCCCUCCAUGUCCACCUUCCCUCCAUGUCCACCUUCCCUCCAUGUCUACCUUCCCUCCAUGUCUACCUUCCCUCCAUGUCCACCUUCCCUCCAUGUCCACCUUCCCUCCAUGUCUACCUUCCCUCCAUGUCUACCUUCCCUCCAUGUCUACCUUCCCUCCAUGUCCACCUUCCCUCCAUGUCCACCUUCCCUCCAUGUCUACCUUCCCUCCAUGUCUACCUUCCCUCCAUGUCCACCUUCCCUCCAUGUCUACCUUCCCUCCAUGUCCACCUUCCCUCCAUGUCUACCUUCCCUCCAUGUCUACCUUCCCUCCAUGUCUACCUUCCCUCCAUGUCUACCUUCCCUCCAUGUCUACCUUCCCUCCAUGUCUACCUUCCCUCCAUGUCUACCUUCCCUCCAUGUCCACCUUCCCUCCAUGUCUACCUUCCCUCCAUGUCUACCUUCCCUCCAUGUCCACCUUCCCUCCAUGUCUACCUUCCCUCCAUGUCUACCUUCCCUCCAUGUCCACCUUCCCUCCAUGUCCACCUUCCCUCCAUGUCCACCUUCCCUCCAUGUCCACCUUCCCUCCAUGUCCACCUUCCCUCCAUGUCUACCUUCCCUCCAUGUCCACCUUCCCUCCAUGUCUACCUUCCCUCCAUGUCUACCUUCCCUCCAUGUCUACCUUCCCUCCAUGUCUACCUUCCCUCCAUGUCCACCUUCCCUCCAUGUCUACCUUCCCUCCAUGUCCACCUUCCCUCCAUGUCUACCUUCCCUCCAUGUCCACCUUCCCUCCAUGUCCACCUUCCCUCCAUGUCCACCUUCCCUCCAUGUCCACCUUCCCUCCAUGUCUACCUUCCCUCCAUGUCUACCUUCCCUCCAUGUCCACCUUCCCUCCAUGUCUACCUUCCCUCCAUGUCUACCUUCCCUCCAUGUCUACCUUCCCUCCAUGUCUACCUUCCCUCCAUGUCCACCUUCCCUCCAUGUCCACCUUCCCUCCAUGUCCACCUUCCCUCCAUGUCUACCUUCCCUCCAUGUCUACCUUCCCUCCAUGUCUACCUUCCCUCCAUGUCCACCUUCCCUCCAUGUCUACCUUCCCUCCAUGUCCACCUUCCCUCCAUGUCCACCUUCCCUCCAUGUUUACCUUCCCUCCAUGUCUACCUUCCCUCCAUGUCCACCUUCCCUCCAUGUCCACCUUCCCUCCAUGUCCACCUUCCCUCCAUGUCCACCUUCCCUCCAUGUCCACCUUCCCUCCAUGUCUACCUUCCCUCCAUGUCUACCUUCCCUCCAUGUCCACCUUCCCUCCAUGUCCACCUUCCCUCCAUGUCCACCUUCCCUCCAUGUCCACCUUCCCUCCAUGUCUACCUUCCCUCCAUGUCUACCUUCCCUCCAUGUCUACCUUCCCUCCAUGUCCACCUUCCCUCCAUGUCUACCUUCCCUCCAUGUCCACCUUCCCUCCAUGUCUACCUUCCCUCCAUGUCCACCUUCCCUCCAUGUCUACCUUCCCUCCAUGUCUACCUUCCCUCCAUGUCCACCUUCCCUCCAUGUCUACCUUCCCUCCAUGUCUACCUUCCCUCCAUGUCUACCUUCCCUCCAUGUCUACCUUCCCUCCAUGUCCACCUUCCCUCCAUGUCUACCUUCCCUCCAUGUCUACCUUCCCUCCAUGUCUACCUUCCCUCCAUGUCUACCUUCCCUCCAUGUCUACCUUCCCUCCAUGUCCACCUUCCCUCCAUGUCUACCUUCCCUCCAUGUCUACCUUCCCUCCAUGUCUACCUUCCCUCCAUGUCUACCUUCCCUCCAUGUCCACCUUCCCUCCAUGUCUACCUUCCCUCCAUGUCCACCUUCCCUCCAUGUCCACCUUCCCUCCAUGUCCACCUUCCCUCCAUGUCCACCUUCCCUCCAUGUCUACCUUCCCUCCAUGUCUACCUUCCCUCCAUGUCCACCUUCCCUCCAUGUCUACCUUCCCUCCAUGUCUACCUUCCCUCCAUGUCUACCUUCCCUCCAUGUCUACCUUCCCUCCAUGUCCACCUUCCCUCCAUGUCCACCUUCCCUCCAUGUCUACCUUCCCUCCAUGUCUACCUUCCCUCCAUGUCUACCUUCCCUCCAUGUCUACCUUCCCUCCAUGUCCACCUUCCCUCCAUGUCUACCUUCCCUCCAUGUCCACCUUCCCUCCAUGUCCACCUUCCCUCCAUGUCUACCUUCCCUCCAUGUCUACCUUCCCUCCAUGUCCACCUUCCCUCCAUGUCCACCUUCCCUCCAUGUCCACCUUCCCUCCAUGUCUACCUUCCCUCCAUGUCUACCUUCCCUCCAUGUCCACCUUCCCUCCAUGUCCACCUUCCCUCCAUGUCCACCUUCCCUCCAUGUCCACCUUCCCUCCAUGUCUACCUUCCCUCCAUGUCUACCUUCCCUCCAUGUCUACCUUCCCUCCAUGUCCACCUUCCCUCCAUGUCUACCUUCCCUCCAUGUCUACCUUCCCUCCAUGUCUACCUUCCCUCCAUGUCUACCUUCCCUCCAUGUCCACCUUCCCUCCAUGUCCACCUUCCCUCCAUGUCCACCUUCCCUCCAUGUCUACCUUCCCUCCAUGUCUACCUUCCCUCCAUGUCUACCUUCCCUCCAUGUCCACCUUCCCUCCAUGUCUACCUUCCCUCCAUGUCCACCUUCCCUCCAUGUCCACCUUCCCUCCAUGUCCACCUUCCCUCCAUGUCUACCUUCCCUCCAUGUCCACCUUCCCUCCAUGUCCACCUUCCCUCCAUGUCCACCUUCCCUCCAUGUCCACCUUCCCUCCAUGUCCACCUUCCCUCCAUGUCUACCUUCCCUCCAUGUCCACCUUCCCUCCAUGUCUACCUUCCCUCCAUGUCUACCUUCCCUCCAUGUCCACCUUCCCUCCAUGUCCACCUUCCCUCCAUGUCCACCUUCCCUCCAUGUCUACCUUCCCUCCAUGUCUACCUUCCCUCCAUGUCUACCUUCCCUCCAUGUCUACCUUCCCUCCAUGUCCACCUUCCCUCCAUGUCCACCUUCCCUCCAUGUCUACCUUCCCUCCAUGUCUACCUUCCCUCCAUGUCUACCUUCCCUCCAUGUCUACCUUCCCUCCAUGUCCACCUUCCCUCCAUGUCUACCUUCCCUCCAUGUCCACCUUCCCUCCAUGUCUACCUUCCCUCCAUGUCUACCUUCCCUCCAUGUCCACCUUCCCUCCAUGUCCACCUUCCCUCCAUGUCCACCUUCCCUCCAUGUCUACCUUCCCUCCAUGUCUACCUUCCCUCCAUGUCUACCUUCCCUCCAUGUCUACCUUCCCUCCAUGUCCACCUUCCCUCCAUGUCCACCUUCCCUCCAUGUCCACCUUCCCUCCAUGUCUACCUUCCCUCCAUGUCUACCUUCCCUCCAUGUCUACCUUCCCUCCAUGUCUACCUUCCCUCCAUGUCUACCUUCCCUCCAUGUCCACCUUCCCUCCAUGUCUACCUUCCCUCCAUGUCUACCUUCCCUCCAUGUCUACCUUCCCUCCAUGUCUACCUUCCCUCCAUGUCUACCUUCCCUCCAUGUCCACCUUCCCUCCAUGUCUACCUUCCCUCCAUGUCUACCUUCCCUCCAUGUCUACCUUCCCUCCAUGUCUACCUUCCCUCCAUGUCCACCUUCCCUCCAUGUCUACCUUCCCUCCAUGUCCACCUUCCCUCCAUGUCUACCUUCCCUCCAUGUCUACCUUCCCUCCAUGUCCACCUUCCCUCCAUGUCUACCUUCCCUCCAUGUCUACCUUCCCUCCAUGUCUACCUUCCCUCCAUGUCUACCUUCCCUCCAUGUCCACCUUCCCUCCAUGUCCACCUUCCCUCCAUGUCUACCUUCCCUCCAUGUCUACCUUCCCUCCAUGUCUACCUUCCCUCCAUGUCUACCUUCCCUCCAUGUCCACCUUCCCUCCAUGUCCACCUUCCCUCCAUGUCCACCUUCCCUCCAUGUCUACCUUCCCUCCAUGUCUACCUUCCCUCCAUGUCCACCUUCCCUCCAUGUCUACCUUCCCUCCAUGUCUACCUUCCCUCCAUGUCUACCUUCCCUCCAUGUCUACCUUCCCUCCAUGUCCACCUUCCCUCCAUGUCCACCUUCCCUCCAUGUCUACCUUCCCUCCAUGUCUACCUUCCCUCCAUGUCUACCUUCCCUCCAUGUCUACCUUCCCUCCAUGUCCACCUUCCCUCCAUGUCUACCUUCCCUCCAUGUCCACCUUCCCUCCAUGUCCACCUUCCCUCCAUGUCUACCUUCCCUCCAUGUCUACCUUCCCUCCAUGUCCACCUUCCCUCCAUGUCCACCUUCCCUCCAUGUCCACCUUCCCUCCAUGUCUACCUUCCCUCCAUGUCUACCUUCCCUCCAUGUCUACCUUCCCUCCAUGUCUACCUUCCCUCCAUGUCCACCUUCCCUCCAUGUCUACCUUCCCUCCAUGUCUACCUUCCCUCCAUGUCUACCUUCCCUCCAUGUCUACCUUCCCUCCAUGUCCACCUUCCCUCCAUGUCUACCUUCCCUCCAUGUCCACCUUCCCUCCAUGUCUACCUUCCCUCCAUGUCUACCUUCCCUCCAUGUCUACCUUCCCUCCAUGUCUACCUUCCCUCCAUGUCUACCUUCCCUCCAUGUCUACCUUCCCUCCAUGUCUACCUUCCCUCCAUGUCUACCUUCCCUCCAUGUCCACCUUCCCUCCAUGUCCACCUUCCCUCCAUGUCUACCUUCCCUCCAUGUCUACCUUCCCUCCAUGUCUACCUUCCCUCCAUGUCUACCUUCCCUCCAUGUCCACUUUCCCUCCAUGUCCACUUUCCCUCCAUGUCCACCUUCCCUCCAUGUCUACCUUCCCUCCAUGUCUACCUUCCCUCCAUGUCUACCUUCCCUCCAUGUCCACCUUCCCUCCAUGUCUACCUUCCCUCCAUGUCCACCUUCCCUCCAUGUCCACCUUCCCUCCAUGUCUACCUUCCCUCCAUGUCUACCUUCCCUCCAUGUCCACCUUCCCUCCAUGUCUACCUUCCCUCCAUGUCUACCUUCCCUCCAUGUCUACCUUCCCUCCAUGUCUACCUUCCCUCCAUGUCCACCUUCCCUCCAUGUCUACCUUCCCUCCAUGGCUACCUUCCCUCCAUGUCUACCUUCCCUCCAUGUCUACCUUCCCUCCAUGUCUACCUUCCCUCCAUGUCCACCUUCCCUCCAUGUCUACCUUCCCUCCAUGUCUACCUUCCCUCCAUGUCUACCUUCCCUCCAUGUCUACCUUCCCUCCAUGUCCACCUUCCCUCCAUGUCUACCUUCCCUCCAUGUCCACCUUCCCUCCAUGUCCACCUUACCUCCAUGUCUACCUUCCCUCCAUGUCUACCUUCCCUCCAUGUCUACCUUCCCUCCAUGUCCACCUUCCCUCCAUGUCCACCUUCCCUCCAUGUCUACCUUCCCUCCAUGUCUACCUUCCCUCCAUGUCUACCUUCCCUCCAUGUCCACCUUCCCUCCAUGUCCACCUUCCCUCCAUGUCUACCUUCCCUCCAUGUCCACCUUCCCUCCAUGUCCACCUUCCCUCCAUGUCCACCUUCCCUCCAUGUCCACCUUCCCUCCAUGUCUACCUUCCCUCCAUGUCUACCUUCCCUCCAUGUCCACCUUCCCUCCAUGUCUACCUUCCCUCCAUGUCUACCUUCCCUCCAUGUCUACCUUCCCUCCAUGUCUACCUUCCCUCCAUGUCCACCUUCCCUCCAUGUCCACCUUCUCUCCAUGUCUACCUUCCCUCCAUGUCUACCUUCCCUCCAUGUCUACCUUCCCUCCAUGUCUACCUUCCCUCCAUGUCCACCUUCCCUCCAUGUCUACCUUCCCUCCAUGUCCACCUUCCCUCCAUGUCCACCUUCCCUCCAUGUCUACCUUCCCUCCAUGUCUACCUUCCCUCCAUGUCCACCUUCCCUCCAUGUCCACCUUCCCUCCAUGUCCACCUUCCCUCCAUGUCUACCUUCCCUCCAUGUCUACCUUCCCUCCAUGUCCACCUUCCCUCCAUGUCUACCUUCCCUCCAUGUCCACCUUCCCUCCAUGUCUACCUUCCCUCCAUGUCCACCUUCCCUCCAUGUCUACCUUCCCUCCAUGUCUACCUUCCCUCCAUGUCCACCUUCCCUCCAUGUCCACCUUCCCUCCAUGUCCACCUUCCCUCCAUGUCUACCUUCCCUCCAUGUCUACCUUCCCUCCAUGUCCACCUUCCCUCCAUGUCCACCUUCCCUCCAUGUCUACCUUCCCUCCAUGUCUACCUUCCCUCCAUGUCUACCUUCCCUCCAUGUCCACCUUCCCUCCAUGUCCACCUUCCCUCCAUGUCUACCUUCCCUCCAUGUCUACCUUCCCUCCAUGUCCACCUUCCCUCCAUGUCUACCUUCCCUCCAUGUCCACCUUCCCUCCAUGUCUACCUUCCCUCCAUGUCUACCUUCCCUCCAUGUCUACCUUCCCUCCAUGUCUACCUUCCCUCCAUGUCUACCUUCCCUCCAUGUCUACCUUCCCUCCAUGUCCACCUUCCCUCCAUGUCUACCUUCCCUCCAUGUCUACCUUCCCUCCAUGUCCACCUUCCCUCCAUGUCUACCUUCCCUCCAUGUCUACCUUCCCUCCAUGUCCACCUUCCCUCCAUGUCUACCUUCCCUCCAUGUCCACCUUCCCUCCAUGUCUACCUUCCCUCCAUGUCCACCUUCCCUCCAUGUCCACCUUCCCUCCAUGUCUACCUUCCCUCCAUGUCUACCUUCCCUCCAUGUCUACCUUCCCUCCAUGUCUACCUUCCCUCCAUGUCCACCUUCCCUCCAUGUCCACCUUCCCUCCAUGUCCACCUUCCCUCCAUGUCUACCUUCCCUCCAUGUCCACCUUCCCUCCAUGUCCACCUUCCCUCCAUGUCCACCUUCCCUCCAUGUCUACCUUCCCUCCAUGUCCACCUUCCCUCCAUGUCUACCUUCCCUCCAUGUCUACCUUCCCUCCAUGUCCACCUUCCCUCCAUGUCCACCUUCCCUCCAUGUCCACCUUCCCUCCAUGUCUACCUUCCCUCCAUGUCUACCUUCCCUCCAUGUCCACCUUCCCUCCAUGUCCACCUUCCCUCCAUGUCUACCUUCCCUCCAUGUCUACCUUCCCUCCAUGUCUACCUUCCCUCCAUGUCCACCUUCCCUCCAUGUCCACCUUCCCUCCAUGUCUACCUUCCCUCCAUGUCUACCUUCCCUCCAUGUCCACCUUCCCUCCAUGUCUACCUUCCCUCCAUGUCCACCUUCCCUCCAUGUCUACCUUCCCUCCAUGUCUACCUUCCCUCCAUGUCUACCUUCCCUCCAUGUCUACCUUCCCUCCAUGUCUACCUUCCCUCCAUGUCUACCUUCCCUCCAUGUCUACCUUCCCUCCAUGUCUACCUUCCCUCCAUGUCCACCUUCCCUCCAUGUCCACCUUCCCUCCAUGUCCACCUUCCCUCCAUGUCUACCUUCCCUCCAUGUCCACCUUCCCUCCAUGUCUACCUUCCCUCCAUGUCCACCUUCCCUCCAUGUCCGCCUUCCCUCCAUGUCCGCCUUCCCUCCAUGUCUACCUUCCCUCCAUGUCUACCUUCCCUCCAUGUCCACCUUCCCUCCAUGUCUACCUUCCCUCCAUGUCCACCUUCCCUCCAUGUCUACCUUCCCUCCAUGUCCACCUUCCCUCCAUGUCCACCUUCCCUCCAUGUCCACCUUCCCUCCAUGUCCACCUUCCCUCCAUGUCCACCUUUCCUCCAUGUCUACCUUCCCUCCAUGUCCACCUUCCCUCCAUGUCUACCUUCCCUCCAUGUCUACCUUCCCUCCAUGUCCACCUUCCCUCCAUGUCUACCUUCCCUCCAUGUCCACCUUCCCUCCAUGUCUACCUUCCCUCCAUGUCUACCUUCCCUCCAUGUCUACCUUCCCUCCAUGUCUACCUUCCCUCCAUGUCCACCUUCCCUCCAUGUCCACCUUCCCUCCAUGUCCACCUUCCCUCCAUGUCUACCUUCCCUCCAUGUCUACCUUCCCUCCAUGUCCACCUUCCCUCCAUGUCUACCUUCCCUCCAUGUCCACCUUCCCUCCAUGUCUACCUUCCCUCCAUGUCUACCUUCCCUCCAUGUCUACCUUCCCUCCAUGUCCACCUUCCCUCCAUGUCUACCUUCCCUCCAUGUCUACCUGGACGUGGCCAACACCAACGUGUCGGGCUCGCUGCCAGCCUCCCUUGGUGCUCUCCCCAACCUCAUUCAAAUAUUCACCCCUCCAGGGAUGACAUGCGGCACAGCUGGCAAAAGCUGUGAGGUCCAGCAGAGCGCCUCCUCCUUCUUCUGCAAGAACCUCUGCUUUGACUUCUGUGCCUCCUGCACCCCACUCAAUGGUGAACGCCGAUCCCGCUGUCCACAGCUCCCCACGGCUCUCGUGGCACAGGCAACGGGUGGGUGGAGUGACGCUACCAGGGUGGAGAAACAGGGGUGGAGCAGCAGCAGCAGCGGUGGGGGGCAGAGGUACAAGGCAGUUAGUCCUGUGGAUGCGCGCCAGGUGUGGUUCGUUGUGAGGCGCGGCAACGAGGAGCUUUCCACCAACUUCCAGAUAGAGUGCUGUGCUGUGCAAAUUCAAGAGUAUAAUUAG